AUGGAUUUCAGUGGAAACGUCAAGAACCCCUUCCUCUUCGAUGACCCAGCGCCGCCAGCUGACGUCGGGGACACAGCCGCCAACCCCUUCCUCAUGGGAGGUGCCUUUGACUAUUCGGCGGUAAGCUACACGGGAAUCAAUCCUUUUAGUGACCAGAUCGAUGACUCCAACGCAGCGGCCGCAGGUCUCUUCGGAGAUCCUGCGGCUUACCCUUCUGAUAUGAAUCCGUUUGGCGUUGCAUCGCAACCGUUUGGCGAUAUGACAAAAGAGUCUGAUUUGUUUGGAACGCCUGUUUCCCAAGGCGACCUGUUUGGAGGACCUGAAGUAGUCGAUACAACACCAGUGCCUCAGCCUCCUCAUCCAGCGCCACCAGCUCGACCUCCCGCUCCAUCAUCUCCUGUUGUUGAUUUAAUGAACGAUAGUCCCCCAGCAGAGAGCACAGCUGUGGCUCCGGGAAGACCACCACCACCUAGACCACCUCCCCCUUCGAAGGAGACUAAAGACCUCCUACAGACAGUAAUUGGCGCCAUGGAGGCAACUACAGAUACGCUUCAUGAAAAGCUCACUACAACACGAACGCCUUGUCCAUCACCUGGAAGUGGCGCUCCCACUUCUCGCAGCCCAACGCCUGACAUCCAGAUUACAUCCCCGAAAAAAGAUUCUGACGCCUUCAGCGCUAUCUUUGGCCAAACAAUAGACAUGGACAGUGAUCACGAACUAGAGGAGACGAAAAGUACUGCCAACACAGACGUAGCAGCACCGACUUCUACCUCAGAUGACUUUGAUCUUUUCGGUGAUACUCCUGUACAGAAACCAAGAACCAACCAAGACAUUCUUAGCCUGUUCAAUAAACCCCAAACAUCUCAGUCCCCACAAGUAGAUUUGUUGUCUGGGGAUCUACCCGAGUCAGACACUACUGCUGAAAAUGAGGAAACGGAUAAGCAGAGUAUAUCAGACUUGCUCUCUGGUGCUACAAUUGAAGACUCAAAGCCCACAGCAUCUCCUGAUGAGGGCCAAGUGGUAUCUGCUACCCCUUCGUUGUCAGAGGAGGUGACUGUUAAUGAUACAGCAGCGAUCGCAGAGUCUCCUGCUAAAAGUGAUGGCCCGAGUGACAUGAUCCCCUUGGAAGAAUCUGUUUCUCCAGAGCAAGUGAGUGAAAAAACGGACAGUGAACCUACAGUGAUCGAGGCAGCUGACCAAGAUACUGGUGAAGAAAUUUGUAAAAUAUCAGUAGCAGCAGCUGAUGCUCCAGACACAUCUUCAGUAGGAGAGGAAAAAAUAGAGGCUAUGGAAGUAUUUGGCUCACCUGAACCUAUGCCUCUUAUUAUUAAUAGCGAGCACUCAAACUCGUCUAAUUCGUCAAGUCAUCUCAGUACUCCUGUGAAAGCUGCUCCAGCAGAACCUUCGAUAAAUGAAGUUGAUCAUGAAGAUCAGUAUAAUGAAGAAAAUGUUGAUGCAUUUGGUGUGUCAGACGUACCGUCUUCCAGCAGUGAACCAGUGAAUGCUUUUGGAGAUAAGAGCGUCCCUGCCAAUGAUGCUUUUGGAGAAAUAUCAACAAGCGCUCCUGCCACUGACUCUUUCGGAGCAAUACCAACAAGCGUCCCUGACACCGAUGCUUUUGGAGUAAUACCGGACACAUUUGGUACCUCUGCCGAUAAAGGGGCGGAGCUCUUCGGAGACACAUCUGGUCCCUUUGCCAGUUCCAUUCCCACUGGUGAUGCCAUCUUUGGAGGAUCUUCUGGAGCCAGUCUUUUUGGAGAUGUUCCUCAGACGGUACCUCCAGACUCUCCAGCAGCAGGACUCUUUGGUGACGUGUCACAGGUUGCGCCCCCAGGCUCUCCAGCCAACAGUCUCUUUAGCGAGGCGGGUCAAGCUGCGCCUCCUGCCUCUCCAGCAGCUGGGCUUUUCAGCAACACCCCCUCUUCUGGAUCAUCGGCCUUCGAUAUAUUCGGAAGCAGUACUACACCAGUAUCUGCACCUUCAGGUGCAGAUUCCACUGGUGCAGCGCUCUUCGGGUCCUCAGCACCUGCUCCUAAUGUUGGCAUGAGCUUAUUUGGAGGGGGAGCAGAGCCGUCCCUAGACAUCUUCGCAGAAAGUGAAGGAAACUCCAUGGUGAACCCAUUUGCACAACCGACACCUGCACCGGCAGCUGUUCUGGGCGUGGCACCUAGCACUGCUCCGGAUAGCGUCAAGGUUGCCACGGACGAGGAAUUUGACGCCUUCUCCGCCAGGUUCGAUAAUGCCGGAGCUGAAGGCGAAGAUGAAUUACAUCAUGAUCCAUUUGCCUCCACGGCUCGAGCGGCCUCACCUUGGGGAGACACUACAGCAGCGGGUGGAGCAGGCGGUGAGGGCUUCGGAUUCGGCGAUAGCAGUAGCUUCGACCCCUUCCUGGCCCUCAACGAACCUCCACCGGUCCCUCAGUCUACGCCACGCCGCACCGCCCGCCAACCUUCUGGUGAUUCGGACGAGGGAACCAUGAGUGUAGUAAUAAAGCCGGCAGGAGUGGAGGCUUCCGGGGCCUCACCUAGGGCAGUUUCUCCUGUGCCUGUGCUCGCCCCGCCACCAGCAGCUGUGGGAGCUGCGGCAUUCACUGACACAUCGCCAAGAUUCAAUCCUUUCGAUCGCGGUGCAGAGGACAUAGCGGAGGCAGCUGUUGACGCUAAAGCUGUCCCCGGCGCACUCGAGAGGACCGAUUCUCAAGAGACGCCGCCGACACCGCUGUUCGAGGAGGACCAGUCGCAGCCCUUAGAGCCGUUCCCGCGCACCCACCUGACUGGGACCCUCUGGGAGAUGCAUCUCCGACAACCCAACAAGAAAAAGAUCACUGGCCAGAGCCUCUCUCACUUCCAAAAAAAAGAUGGACGAGGAGGUUUGACGAACAGAUUCUGGAAAAAAGUAUUCGUCAAGCUAACUGAGGGAUCGUGUUUGCAGCUCUUCAAUAGCAAGGAUGAUAAAGAUCCUUUCCAGGAACUCCCACUUCAAGCCUGUUACUCCGUUUCUGAUAUAGGAGCGCAACAGUUUGAUCAAUUCGGCAAGAUCUUCACUGUGAAGGUACAGUAUAUAUUCUACAAGGAGCGGCCCGGUGUACGGCCAGGCCAAGUCUCUAAAGCGGAGCGACUUACUACUAAGAUUUCUAAAUUCGCGCAACACGCCAUUGCCGGAGAUUACGAGCAUGUAAAAGAGUUUGCCAGCGAUGUGCGAAAACUGGGCAUGCCGGUGGAACACGCCCCGCAAAUUUCCCAACUCCUCAAACUGGGCACUCAAAAUUACGAAGAUCUAAAGGUGUUUUCAUCGUUGGUCGAGGAGCAACUCUUCAAGCUCACGGUGCAUCGCGACCGAGCACUCAACUACAAGUCUGAGGAGGUGCAGCUGACAGCCGUGGACGAGAUUUACGUGGAGCAGGACCUGAAGGGUGUCGUGCACCGCAUGAUCGCCCGCGUCAGGAUUUUCUUCCUCGGGUUUCUCUCAGGAAUGCCGGACGUGGAUUUGGGCAUCAAUGACAUGAGGAAGCAGGGACGAGAAGUUGUGGGUCGCCAUGACAUUAUUCCAGUCAUCACUGAGGAAUGGAUUCGUCUGGAGGCUGUCGAGUUCCACUGCUGUGUUGAUGGCGAGGAAUUCGAAAAGACGCAACACAUUAAAUACAAGCCUCCAGACGCAUGUUACAUCGAGCUUAUGAGAUUCCGCGUUCGGCCGCCCAAGAAUCGAGAGUUGCCGCUACAAGUCAAGACGAAAAUUACCAUUGAAGGUCGACGCGUGGACAUUGCCUGUGAGAUCCUUGUGCCUGGGUUCUCUGGCAGGAAGCUUGGCCAGGUGCCGUGUGAGGACGUGGUGGUUCGCUUCCCGCUGCCGGAGUGUUGGAUCUACAUGUUUCGCGUCGAGAAGCACUUCAGAUACGGUUCCGUCAAGUCAGCGCACAGGAGAACGGGGAAGGUGAAGGGCAUCGAGCGUCUCAUGGGGACGGUGGAGACACCUGAGUCUGCGCUGAUGGAGGUCACGUCAGGUCAGGCCAAGUACGAACACCAGCACCGAGCCAUCGUGUGGAGAAUGUCACGCUUGCCCAAGGAGGGUCAAGGAGCUUACACUCAGCACUCCUUUUCCUGUCGCAUGAAUUUGACCGCCUUUGACCAGAUGCCUGAAUCCUUCGACAAAUUCUGUUAUGUGGAGUUCACCAUGCCGGCUACAACCGUGAGCCACUGUGUGAUGCGCUCCGUCUCCGUAACCAGCGAGGACCCGCCGGAGAAGUAUGUGCGGUACUUAGCGCGUCAUGAAUACCGCAUCGAGAUGGAGUUCUGUUCGGGUUCAGGUCCUUCAGAGUACCUCGCUGCCACCAUGAAGACCUCCGACCAGCUUCAGAAGGAAAAGGAAGAGGAAGCUCGUAAGCAGGACAUAAAGCAGCAGCAGAACAACGAGUCGAGCAGCGACGAUUCUUCCUAACAGUGCAACGCUCAGGAGUACCCAGCCCCUCUCGCUGCACCCACGGAGCAGUCCUAGGAAGGAUCUAACUCUUCUUAUUAGGGCUCCUGCUUCCCUAUACAAAAAUAUUCAUUUGAGGUGCAGCUGCAUAUGUAUAUGUGUGUGUGUGUGACGUCAGUGUGAUGGUGCUGGUGCCGGCCGUUCUUGCCCGCCGGAAACUCAUAAUGUAGUGAAAUACAUGGCAGAUGAAUAUUAUCUUGUAGUGCCUAAUUCCGUAUUGUUAUUUUGUGCCAAAGGCAAAAUGUAUGGAAAAGUAUAAUAUGAAUAAUGAACAUAAAGAUGAUAAUAAUAAUAAUAAUAAUAAUAAUAAUAAUAAUAAUAAUGAUAAUAAUAAUAAUAAUAAUAAUAAUAAGGGCGGAGGCUUCCCGACGUCCUGGUUGCAGUAUAAGAGUGUAUACUACCCUCCGUGUCGUGUCGUGUGUCGUGUGACGCUGCUGCGUGUCGCCGUCUCUACCUACCACAGUGGAACAGUUCCUCAUAGUUGUUGUACCUCAGAAAAAAAGUCACUGUAAUAACACUUUAAGAGGGAGAAUGAUAGAGUUCUCAGUUGGCCGGGUGCUCGCGUGUCCGACCCGCGUAUGUAUGUAAAUGUCAGUCGAUUGGUGGCAGUGUGACAAAGUGUGACCUUACCGAACACUGCUUCUGAAAGUGACAUACACAAGACAUUUGGCGUCAGUUGCGGCUUCUCUACACGAUGUUAUAAUGAUUGAAAAGUAGAUCGAUAUUGCAGAAAAUAAUCCCUUCCUUUAGUCGACUUCCCGCCCAAGUGCUCGUCUCGUGCGUCAUGCUUGGCUCAGUGGCGGUCAGAGUCUACAAGUGAUAAAUAACGUGUGAUGUAAAUAGCAGUCGAGUAUUUGGGUCUGCGGCACCUAAGCUACUGCAGAUCACUGAACAUGGAAACAUUAACACCUGGUCAGAUAAGCGAAGCUUUUUCCUUGACAGGAACCUGAACUCCCGGACCUGACACACCUCCAUAACUUCACCCUUUUCCUUCACGUUGCUGUUCUUAACUCUAACACUGUAUUUUGCUUUGUUUGGCUGAAUGAAUGACUCCCACACACAUAAAAUGAAAUUUCGCUCAGAAUAUUUUGAAUAAGUCAACUCGAUUUUAUCUCGUUUUUCACCCUCUUGAACAGACUUAUGACAUCUUGACGGAGUGCGAGUGUGCCGAGAACGAUGCUCCCUCGUCGUUACUUGCUACUUGUGGGCGUUCUUCCGCUCCAGCCUGUUUACCUCCCUUGCUACUUGCGCAGAUAUAUAAGGCUCGUUCACUGUACUCUUGUCUACUUAUAUAAGCAUGUAAGGACGAUAUCAAUACCAUAAUAUUACUCGGAAAAUAUACUUACACACACACACACACACACACACACACACACACACACACACACACACACUCGAACGUUUCCCCUUCGUGUCUCGUCUGUAUUUUGUAGGUAAUAUUCCCUGGACACACUCAUGCCUCUCUCCUUCCGCUUCCUCAAGUCACGGUGGCUCCUAAGGGUCCAAUCCAGCACACACGAGCCGUCUGUUUUCUUUAGCGUUCUCAGCUGACAUGAUCAUGUUGGCUGGUGAGCGUCAGUAAUAACAAAGGCAAUAGUGACGUGAUGAGAGGUGUGGCCAUCCUCCUGAGGGUUGGGUGUUCCUCCUCUCACACUUCUCAAUAACUCGGCUCCCACUCUUUUGUUUUAAGACCAGUACGCAGGCCGACUGCAUGGUCACGGUUGUUGUAAAUAAAAUGUUUUCUAGCGCUUAAGAAUAUUUAUGUAUUUUGUUUCUUCGUUUGACGUUACAACUGGCGGCGAUGUUUAAGCCACAGUGACGUGUUGCAGCAACAUACCAAAGACGUAGAAGAUAUAUUCCAACUGGAGCCGCCCCUCCUUGGGCGUCCAACACCUUCCCACCAACCCUACAACACAGGGGUCGGAGGUGGGCAGGGUCGCCAGCCACUCAGGGGAGAGGCGGUGCUCAGUUACUAGCUUCUGUAAGUAAAUAAUUCCUCAAGCUGUAUAAUAAACUCCAGCAUAUCCAUCGUGAUGUCGCCGAUAAAUGGCGUGUGUGGCGGCCCGCCCAGACCCACCACUAGCGGCCAGUGUGUGUGUGUGUGUGUGUGUGUGUGUGUGUGUGUGUGUGUGUGUGUGUGUGUGUGUGUGUGUGUGUGUGUGUGCGUGCGCGCGCGCACGUGCGCGCGCUGUGACGGAGUGUGAAUACAAGUUCUGGAAUCAUUUUUUUUUUUCUGUACACGGCAAGAGUCCUUCACCUUAAGUUCUCUGGCUGUGAGAACCAGAAGGAACUGACGAGUAGCGGUGACUGUUGUUGAGUAACAUGUACAUAUACAGAGCGUGAAGUAUGGCCGCCGUGCCGACUGUGGUACCUGUGGUGAGUUGCCACUUCUGUGUCAUACAGAACUUGGAAUUAUAGAAUCUCUGUUUCAUUUGCUCUCUUACAUUAUUUUUAACUCGCCUGGGAACAGUUCUAUCUUUCCUUCUCCCAAGAUCCGUCGUUAGCGCCUUGCUGGAGGAAAACCUGAAACACCCUUAAUUCAACGCAUCCCUACGAGCGAGCGCAGCGCGGCGGGCCUGGGGAGGCAGGAGGGCGAUAUUCUCGGGUGGCAGGUUGGGAUGAGUGCAAUAUCUAGUCAUUAGCAUUAAGGCCUAGCGUAGAGUCUGAACAGUGUAAAUAGUGCAAAGUGUCUUCACCAUCAGCAGAAAGUUCCGUGCCCACUCACCGAGGACGUGCUCCGCGCCGUCCCGCUCUCCGCCCGUCGGGUUGCGGGGUGGCGGCGCUGUCCAUCAGCUUGUGUCACCAAGCGAGAAGUGCCGCGCGGCGAAGUUAUAACCAAUAAAUGUUACAAAAUAGUGUAAUGUCAGGUUGAUUUUUUUUUCUUUGAAAGACUGGCACACAGAUUCUCAUGGAUACACUAUAUAAACGAUUCAUGUACUUAAAAGAAUAUAUGUAUUAAAAAUCUUCCAUUGUUUACUGUAUCUAUGGCAAAAUAGGCAUCCAUUAUCAAGUUAAAAAAUUCAUAGUUUACCUCCCUAAUCCACGCCCCAGUCUGGCCCCGUGAACUCCAUCCACCACGCACACCUCCACACUCCCUCCCCCUCCCUGCCCAGCCCAUGCACGGCGGCACGGGCGGGGUGGGCCGAGCUGACGCGAGCAGGUGGAUGACGGUGGCGGCGGCACGGGGCGGCUGGCUGGCUCCUCUGUAUGUUGUAGUGUCGUCCCGAGCGUGUGUGUCAUGUGUGUAGCCCGUAACGAGGCAAAAUAAAAGUGAAAUGUUGAAUGAA